CAGCCCGCCGAAGUCAAGGAGAUCAAGACCUUUCUCGAGUACGCGCGCCGCAAGGACGCCCGUCAGGUCACCAUCAAGAAGUCGCUUGCCCGCAACGGCAAGGUCGGCGCGACCAAGACCAAGUUCAAGCUCCGCUGCUCGAAGUACCUCUACACCUUCCAGCUCGCCGACGCUGAGAAGGCCGAGAAGCUCCGCCAGUCGCUCCCCCCGAGUGCGUCCCGCACACCUUAUCUCCCUCGCGCCCGAGGCCGCCGAAUUGACCCUCUCUUGCCCCGAACCACAGCCCUCAAGGUCAACGACGUUGACGGCGCGUCGAAGGCCAAGAAGUAA